AUGCUGCCCUCUGCAAAGGCUACAAAUAGUGAUGAUAACGGCGAUAGCAGUAAUGGCGGUAGUGCGACAAAAUCUUCGAGAUCAACAAUUUUUACUGUUACUACUGAUGAUUGCGGACAAAUACCUUCAACAAGUACAAACCCAACCUCUAUUGCUCCGACUAAUUCCAUCUCAUUCUCCGUAGAUUUCAAUGUUGCUGCUGAAAAAUGCGCAACGAUGAUGCUGCCUACAGUAGUUGAAUGUGUGUCGUUGAAGCCGGAUAACAUUCAUUCGCAAUCUAUUGUAGUAUCGAAACCAGAUCUUAUUAUGAUAUCCGAUAAAUUGUUGGAAGAUGCCAAAUUGGAUGUUUGUUCAAAUUCAUCUAAACAUUAUAAUCAUUCAUUGAGCAAGUCGGAUUUACUGGAAUUGAAACGAAGUAUUGUGAAAUCGGAUUUCAAACCGGUACAAGAUCCAUUAUCAGCAUCAAAAUUGAGGAACUCCAUUGAUUGUCAUCCAUGGCAUAGUCCCACAUUUGAAAUUAGUAGUUUGGAUUCUUCACGAUAUGUUUGUGAAAGUGUUAUCGAUUGUGAUGAAAUUGAUCGUUCGCAACCCUUCGCACUUUUUCCGUCCGUUAGGUUAUUGGUAGCUGCUCUCUUAUGCUGUUGUUUCAUUGCACUUUCAGUAAGUACAUCAAAUAUGGCUGUAGCACUGAUCUGUAUGACUUCCUGUACUGUAAGUGGUUAUAAAGGUGACCUACAAUGGCGAAGUGAACAGGAAGGUAUAAUAUUAGCAGCGCAAAAUGUUGGUUCACUUCUAAUGAUAAUAACAGGCCUAUGGGCUGAUCGAAUAAAUGGUAAAUGGAUGAUUGGUGGUAGUUUAUUGUUGUGUGCAAUUGCUAAUAUAAUUCUACCAAUCAUGGCACAUGAAAGUGUAUGGUAUGUAGUUGGUGCAAGAUUAGCCAUUGGUGCAGCGGAUGCAUGCCUUACACCUGCUACCAGUUCUUUGAUAACAAGAUGGUUCCCACAAAGUGAACGAGCAGCUGCGCUAGGUAUUGUUACAAGUGGCCGACAAAUUGGCACAUUGUUUAUUUUACCGACAGCAGGCUACCUGUGUACACGUAAAGAUAUCAUGAAUGGUUGGCCUGCUAUAUUUUAUCUUAGUGGACUAAUUUCUGUAUUAAUUGCAUUAUUUUGGAUCCCAAUGGGAGCUGAUAAACCUUCCAAACAGUACUGCAUAUCAUGUCAAGAACAGAUGUACAUCGAGACCAGGAUAGCAUGCGAGUCAAUUGGUAAGCGUACCGCUCCACGUCACACGCCGUGGUCCGCAAUUGCUCGAUCAUCGGCAGUAUGGGCAGGGAUCUUCGCACUAGUAUGUCAUGAAUAUCCGCUUGUCAUUAUGCUGCAAUUUUUACCUAAUUAUAUGCGUGAUGUGUUGCAUUUCGCACCUGCCAAGAAUGGAAUUACCUCAGCAUUUCCAAUACUUUGCUUAUUUAUGAGCAAAGCUUUCUCUUCCAGUUUUUCAACUUGGCUCAUAAAACACACCUGUUGGACUAAAACAACUAUUUGUAAGAUAUUUAAUGGUAUUGCAUCAGCAGGAUUAUCACUAUGUAUUAUUAUUGUACCACAGUUUGACCAAGAACAAUCUUCUUUUGCAACAAUUUCUUUAUGUUGUGCGAUGCUUUUUGCAGGAUCUUGA